UGCUAGUCUGCAAGCCACCAUCAACAAUACUUUACUGCCCCACAGGCGCUCGAGGACCGAGGUAAAGGGAAGUCAAACACCCGUGAAUUCCCUUGACGAUUUGACAAAGGAUUAGCUAGCUACAAGAGAUAGUAUGGACAAAGAGGAGCAGUUUGUCAACAUCGACCUAAACGACGACAACAUCUGCAGUGUCUGCAAGCUAGAGACCGACACGGGGACCAUGUCCUUCUGCCACGUCUGCUUUGAGCUCAGCAUCGAAGGUGUGUCUCAUGCCACCCUCCUGCACACCAAAUCCCUACGAGGCCACCGGGAGUGUUUUGAGAAGUACCACCUCAUUGCCAACCAGAAGCUGUCCUGCUCCAAGGUCUCCCGCAGUCCCUACGAGGGCAUGAAGCUGGCCCUUAGCCAGAAGAUCAGCCGCAUCGUGCAGUACGCUCAGAACAAAGACUCUGUCAGCUCAGAGGGGAGUCCUGGCCGCCGGGGGGGCAAGCACCAGCUCCUCUGCUACAGCCAGAAUGGAGACCGUAAACUACUGCCCCAGUCGGACGCCCAGGUGCCCCGCUACACCCCACGCUGGAACCAGGGGAUGGGGGCAGGAGGGCUGCCGGACUACGCCACGGGCAUGCUGGAGUGCCACUCGACCGAGGAGCUGGGGCUACUGGAGGACGUGCGCGGCCUCGGGGCCCUGUGGGGGGUCACAGGGAGGAGGGGCCUUCUUCACUGCAGCCACAGCCAGUCUUCUGGAGGAGACCACCAGACACUGCAUUCAAACAAUGGUCACAGAGGAGACGAGUUGAUUAAAAUGAGUGUGGACGAGCUUCACCAGCUGAAUGGGCAGCUGCUGCUACAGAUUCAAAAGGUGUUUGAGGAGCUGACAGUGGCUGUGCAGGAAAAAGACUCACUGGCGUCGGAACUGCAUGUUCGUCACAUCGCCAUCGAGCAGCUCUUCAAGAACUGUGCCAAGCUGCCCUGGCUGCAGAUCAGCCGGGCCGGGUCCGUGGUCAAGGCCAGCAGCAACACCUCUGUGGAGUAAGGGGAGUCUGGGGAUACAUACCUGGCUGGUGACUGCCUCUCUCAGGGAGAUGGCUGUUUCACUCCCAGGGCUAAAGACAGACUAACAGAAUGGCCACUGUGGCCCGUGCCCUUUACAUUGUAUAAGACUUGUUGCGUGGUGUGGUUUCUCUCAGAAGAGUGAGGAAUGGACAUGGCCUCCUCUCAUCUGGUGCUCCAAGGCUUUCUGACGGCAGUACUUUGAAGGGGCUCGGAGAAAGGCAAUAAAAUUAAAGGAUCUUGGGAUCCACUGACUUCCACAUGGGAACUGUGGGUUGUUGAGCCUCGCUGUCGGUGGACCUGUUGCCUAUGCAGACAAAGUAUUUUGAAAGAAUACCUAUUCAGAUUUGAUACAGAAUGACAUGAGCGAGAUCUUGUUUGACUACUGGUAUAUACUAGUAAUUGCCAAAAUAAAGGAAACACUUGAGUAAAUGAAAUAAAGUAUAUUGAAAGCAGGCAGGGCUCUAAAGUCAGAUUCGUUAGCAUCAUGGUUGCACUAUUACAACAGUGAAAACAGCURGCUUCUAGCUCAACCGGGUCAAAAGAUCUGACCAAUUUUACAGGCACAACAUUUUUAUCUUCCUAUAGCCGAGCGGAUCCCCGGGACUGCAUUUUAGAUUCAUAAACCAUGUCGUGGGCCGUUCUAAAACUACUCAUGCGUCGACGUUGUUAACCAUUUGUUUAUACUUUGUUCAGUCAUGUUACCUUGUUCGUUAGCUAGCUAACAACCUGGUAACUUUACCAGUAUAUCCAAGCAUUUGGGGGCACAGAAAGAAAGGAAAAGGGGUAGCUUCUUCAGGAGAUCAGUGAAUAAAUGACAGAUCUCUUGCAUGUCAACAUCACAAACCUCAUGUUUUUAAAGAGACUGUGUACAAUUUUCUAUGUAUGCAUCUCAAUAGGAAAAUGCUGCUUUUACACAAUAUGUAGACAAUUAAUAUUCCACAAAUUACUUUAAUGACAGGUAUUCGUAUCAUCAUUUUAGCUUUUAUAAUAAACAAAUGUGUUUACAGUGUUCCAUAUUAGUUUCUAGGGCACAACGUGCUUCAGAAGUAGCUAGAAUUCAUAGGCUGCGUAAUUCKGAUUUUUUUUCUCUUCACUAAUUGGUCUUUUGACCAAUCAGAUCAGCUCUGAAAAAGAUCUGAUGUGAUUGAUCAAAAGAACAAUAGGUGGAAAAAAUAUCAGAAUUGGUCUGCCUGUGAAAAUGUAGCAAUAUAGGCCCAAUCUCAAUCAACUUUUCUGGUGCUCCUAAAUUUAAUUUGGUGCUCCCAACUUUAAGUUACCAAUGAAACAUUUGAAUUUAGAACCCUGAAAGCAGGUGCUUCCACACGCGUGGUUCCUGAGUUAAUUAAGCAAUUAACAUCCUAUCCCGUCAUGUAUAAACAUGCCCAGUUGACCAUUACUUUGGCUAACAUGGCUAGAAAAGGGGUGUCAAAGGUACGUAGAGGGUUUAGUGUGGGUGGGUGUGUCUGUCAGUUACCAGAAGGGUAUACUACAAAGCAUGAUCAAGGAGUUAGCCAGCUAACUUGCGUAAAUGUUCUGAAAUAACAUUUUUUAGAAAGAUACGCUUGAUAUGGGAAUGGUCUAAUUGACUCAACAACCAAAAACGCAUAUCUAAGUUUAACUGUCUUAAUGAACCAGAAAAUCAAUCAUUAUUUCUGGUUGUAGUAUACCCCCCUGAUCUCGACUCAAUUGAAAACUUGUGGGAGAUUCUGGAGCGGCGCCUGAGACGGCCUUUUUCACCACCAUCAACAAAACACCAAAUUAUGGCAUUUCUUG